ACCGCCGGUUCAUCUCUCUCUGUGUCUUUCUUUCUUUCUCCGCCCGUUCGAGUCUCGGUAAGUCGCUUCUUUUCUCUUCUUCCCACCUGUGCCUGGCUCACGUGGGGCAACUGGUUUCGAGCGUUUGAUUUUCGAUGCCGGAUGAAGGAACAUUGGAGACACAAUGCUGGCGUGGAAUGCGAUCAGUGGGAGCAUCAGCGGGGAGCCUGAACUGAUUGGUGGUGGCGUUGUUGUUGUUGUGCCGUGGGUAUUACAGACAGGGUGGCGAAAAUUAGGCAGUUCACGGUGGGCCUCCGGUAUCUGUCUUGCCAUAUGGUAAAUUUUAAUCUGCGUCAGCUGACCAAACGAGCAGCCGAGGAGUCCGAGUCCGAGUCUUCCGAGCUUGGCUAACGUGUGUUGCCGUUGGCGCGUAGCCUUGUGCCGAAAUGCAAAACUAUAAAAUCGAGUAUGUCGUCAAUCGAUGUUAUGGUGUCUCAUUCCUGCCUGUUUUGUGCAAUAGGUCCCAGUCUAUUAUUGGGCACACGGCGCAGAUAGAUACUGCGGACGUUUUCGCAAACACACACAAGUUCACCCUUUUCGCUAGCCGAUCGGUGAUCACAACCGCACAGAAAAAAAAACUGGACCAUUUAACCUUUGCAGUCGUUCCGUGCUACGCCUCUGCUACUACUACUACUGCUCAGGGGAAGGAACGAAAAAUGGCGCACCAUAAUCUGGUUUCAAAGGAUGCCAGGAGAUUCAAGGUCUUGUCUUGGUGUCCCGCCCGGUAAGGUAAACCGGUGUACCAAGAGUGUUCCGGUCGUGGCCAAACGGUGUUGACACGGUGACAAACCAAAACCCGAAAUGCGAGUGUAAUCUCCUGUCGGAAAUGUUUGCGCUUGUAGCAGACAAACAUUUGCUUUGUUUUGGAACUGCUUUUGCUGAACUUUUCGGUCGCGUUCCGGAGCUUGGCUGGUUAAUGGAACAACCAACAGCGUAAUGGAUAGUGGUAGAAUUGUAGCUGACUUACAAGGGUCCCCCCAGGUCCAUCAUCGUGGGAGCCACACUAGGUGUGUGAAGGACAGAUGCGCUGCUCACCCUUACCAUCCAGAAUAGGUCAUGGUCGACACUCCUUUGCGCCUACUCCUGCUGCUGCUUUUCCAGUUUUGCGCCUCCGUACUUGAUCGUUCGUCCGGUCAGGAUAAGAGCGAGUUGUUAACAAACCUCCUUCCCCCGUAGGGUUUGACCCUCCACAGUAAUGAGACACGCGACGAGCCUCGUUGCAUAACCUCAAUUUCAUGACUGCGAAAUCGAAGCGGCAAAUAAGACGCGUUUCUGUCAACGUCAUCACCCUUUCGUGCAACACACAAUCGAGGGCUUCUGUUUUCACUCGGGAUACAAUCUUCUCGCAACAACGUGACCGGGGUGUGUGUGUGUGUGUGUCUUUUAAUUACUUUUUUUGUGUGCUCGUCACAGCACUACACAAAAUACGCCUGUUGCGAGAUUGUUGAGGAUCGGUUUUGGAUCGUUUGGAGGUUUAGGCUUUUCGGCGUUUCUCGAUCGAUCUACACUUUCGGAGUUUUUUGAUGGGAAAGUAGUGUUGAUGGGUGGAUGUGGCCAUGUUUAGCUAACUGUCACGCAAUUUCCUUAUGUCACUAUGGCGCUCGGCUGCUACUGCCAACCCGGUAGUAUCUUGGCGACUGAGUUCUCGACCCUAUUCUAGAGCAACCUGUCUGAACUCUCUCUCUCCCUCUCUCUAUCUCCCUUUCUGCUCAACUGUGUACUAUGCGAGAUGCACUGCCGCGUGCAAAACGAAUCAUUAUCAUGUAAUUGCAAAUGUGCGUGUGAAGUCUGGACACAAGCAUUAGACAAUUAGCGAAUGUACCACCCCGGCAGCGUCUUCGAAGACGGGGUAAAAUCGCACAAAGGCCCACAGAGUUCCGCCGAGUGCUGCCAAUCCGUUAUUGACCUGAAAGUGUAAAUUUGUGGCUCAAAAAAAGGUGUCACUUCCUGCUUUACCAUGCACUACGAAGAUGACAUGGACAAGCGUCCACGGGCGUACGUCCCAUAUCGAUCGACACUAGACGAGCGUGACCGUGCGCUGGCUGCGAAGGAACUGCACGAGAAUGAAGACACCCGGGACGCGUCAAUCGCACAGUUGCGUGAGUUUAUCGCGAAACAUCCACAGAUAGUGCGAUGCCGCACGGAUCCGGUGUUCCUGUUGCGGUUUCUUCGCUACCGGAAGUUUAAUGUGACCGAAGCGUGUGCAACGCUGGAAGGUGGGUUGGCGUUUCUGAUGCGCAUGAGAACUCUUUACGGUGAGGAGGUCAACACCUUCCAUCCGAAUGUGCAGCGUAUGCUCGAGCUGGACGCGAUCGUCCCGCUUGGGUUCGAUCGGAAGCGACGGAUGGUGAUUUUGGUGCGUGUCGGUGCGAUGGAUCCGAAGGACACAACAGCGCUGCUGCAGAUGCGGCUCGGUGCGUUGGUGAUAAAUACGUGCUUGGAGUACGAGCGAACCCAGGUGCAUGGGACGGUGUGGAUAGUGGAUUGUUCCGGCAUGACGAUGGGCCAUGUGGGUGCAUGGGGUCUGAGCGAGGUGAAGAUGAUGGCCGACUCGAUCAAUGAGGUGGUGACGAUGUUCGUGAAGGAAGUGCAUAUGGUACAGGUGCCGAGAGUUACCUGGAUGAUCCUGGACCUGCUGCUGCCAUUGCUGAGCCCUAAGAUACGCGAUCGAUUCAAGUUCCAUCGAACACAGGACGAACUGCGCAGCGCAAUCGAUGGCUCGAUCCUACCCACCACGUACGGUGGCGAGCAAAGCUUCAAACAGGCUGUCGAGAACUUUCGAGACAUGUUCGAAGCGCAAACACGCUGGUUCAAGCUCGAACAGCAGUUCCUUAUGGAUCUUUCCAUACCGGCGCCAGGUACGGCACGCAACCGCCAACGGAACGAGUUCCCGGGCGAAGAGGCCAUGGUUGGAAGCUUCCGGAAGUUGACCGUCGAUUGAUGGGCGGCUCGGUUUGCGGGAUGCAUACAUCUACCGAUGCCGUGCCCCCUGAGGGCGAUGCGAUCAGUAGCCCAAUUCCGGUUGUGUGGCAUUCCGGAAAACCAGAAUACGCACAAUCCCAAACUA